AUGUGUCGCAUCGAAUAUGCGACGGACGCGCGCGGCAGCUGCGGAGCAACUGGAAGCGGUGCCGCGGGGUGCAGCGUGGUGGAGAGGGGGAGGGGGAAGGGGGCGUCCGUGGCAGCCGGGAGGGGGGAAGGGGGGCGGGCGCGUGCGUACUCGCGCCACCUCGUCCGCUCGACCCGAGACGGGGAAAAAAACGCCGUAGCAAUUCAUCCGAGCGAACAUUCGCGGCCGUCGCUUCCCCGCACAACAUUCGUUCUAAUCGCCGAUACUCCAACAUUUCGAUCGCAAUGUUUGGACUUCGGACCGGUGGCGAGAGACGCCUCGCAGAGUCUGCGUGCUUCGGCUCGUUUUCCCGGCGGCAAAGGCCAUUCGCGUUUUUGCAGUCACGACGAUUCGGCCGCAUUCCGUCCGUGCACACUUCAA